AUUUAUUUACAGGUUGUUUUUUCUGUUUUCCAACGAUAAAUGGAGAUGCCAACAGUUGAUUUGAGUUUAAUUCGUAAAAAAGUACAAUUAAAUUGUAUUGGAGAUAAAGUCUUCAGUGGAUUUGUAUACACUAUCGAUCCGAUAACUGGUAAUUAUGUCUUGUAUUCAUGCACGAAUGGCACUUAUCUGCCAACUAUUGUUCGUUUUCAAGCAGUUAAAAGUGUUGAAGUUUUAGACGAUGAAAUACCAUCGGAAUUAAAUGAUCUAUUCGAUACAUUAUCUCCAGAAUCGUCGUCGUCGUCUUCAGCAGAUGAAUUGGAAGAAAUAUCCAGUGAAUUAAAAUGUAGACAAGAAAUAAUCCUUCAAUUGUUCAGCGCAAAUCAUAUCCAAGGUGUAACUGUCAAUGCGAGAAAUGAAAUAAUUAUUCAUAAUGCUGUAUGCAUUAAACCACCAUAUACUGUGGACUGUUGUCUUGGUAAAAAUGUGAUGGCACUGGAAUCUGUAAGAAAUUUAUUAGGCGAACUAGAUGAGAAGGAGAUAGUGGAAGAGACGGAGGAGGAUGGCGAAGAAGUAGUGAACGGAGAAGGAAUAGUGAAUGGCAAAAGAGUAGUCGACGGCGAAGGAAUAGUGGAGAGCAAAUAAUUGUCAUCGAUACUGAAUUGAAAUGCACUUGUACAAAUUCACUUUCUUGUGUAUUAUUUAUUGUGUAUAGAGUUUGCAUUAAAUAUCUUUGAAUUUA